AUGGAUAUUUACCGUCAUAAUUUUUAUGCAGAACAACUUUUUCAUAUUUUGCAGUACGAUUUUGCUGUUGAGCAUGCUGCGAUAAAGGCGUAUGAGGAAUACAAUUUACUGGCAGAUCGGCCUUCAGCUUCGUCUGUUACGAUGUGUACAAAAGCAACCACUUCGUCAUUUGAAGCAGCAUCGCUUGCAACGGUAGGAAGUCAGGAACGGCUGCGACUGUCAAACCCGCCUUCAUUAAAAAAAUUGUCGGGAAGAACAAAAAGUACGACCUCGUACACUUCCACGGGUUUUAAUUCGACUUUGAAACCUGUGGUACUCAGUGGUAUCUUAGAACCUAGUCGUGCAGCAGUAAUGCCGAAGCCUAAACAGGAGACAGCCGACAAUAAUACAAUUGAAGAAUUUGAGCCGAAACCAAAUUUAUUUGACCUUUUGGAAAUGCGAGUAAUAGACGAUAAAUCGCUAUUGGAACAGGUGUUAUCUGCAAGUGUCUUGAAUGUUUCAGCUUCGGACAGUAGCCGAGUGCCUUCAGCAAAUGUAAAUUAUAAUGAUGGUUUGGAGCAGUCAUUUAUGGUUUGGUUUUUCAUUCCUGGAAAUUAUAUAUUCACUUCUAAUUUUUUCGCUUUAUUUGUAUUUCAGCAGGUACUACACUAAGA